AACUCCCAGACAACCCCAGGAGCGGAGCGGAGCAGGCGGGUCUGGGACAUUGGCGUGACUGAAUCUGGAGGAGCGAAGCGUCAUUAGAUGAAGUGGACAGUGCAGUUUCCUUCGGGUGUCUGGUGUUGACUGUGGACUGUUAGCCGGUCAUUUAUUAUUACAAACAUGGCCUACAUUAAAAGUGGAUGGCUGCUUCGGCAAAGUACUAUUUUAAAGCGAUGGAAGAACAACUGGUUUGACUUGUGGUCCAGCGGUCAACUCUUUUACUAUGAUGAUCAGCUGCGUGUAGACAUAGAAGAUAAAAUCCAUAUUAAAGUGGACUGUGUUAACAUCCGAUCUGAAUAUGAGUGCAGAGAUUUCCAGCCUCCAGAAGGAAAGUCGAGAAAUUGUUUACUCCAGAUUGUGUGCAGAGAUGGAAGAACUAUCAAUCUCUGUGCUGAAAGCCCUGAUGAUUGCUUGGCUUGGAAAAUUGCUCUUCAAGAUGCACGGACAAAUUCAAACUUUGCGUUUGGUCCUGAAAUUCUCAUGGAUGAUGCUGUUUCGGGCUCUGCACCUCCACCCUACUCAGCUUAUCCCACAGCACCAGCACAGGUCUACAGCUACGAUUCAUACAGCGGUACCUAUACUCCUCAGCAGCCUCCUGCAUCACAGCAAGUCAUGUACACCUCCAGUGGUCAACCUUAUGCUGUGGCCUAUCAGUAUCCUUAUCAUGGUCAUUACCCCCCAGCAACCAAUCAUGUUAUCAUUCAAGACCGGAGACGUGAUGAUGGGGACUUGGCGCUGGGCAUGGUGGCAGGAGCUGCCACUGGUAUGGCACUGGGAUCAUUAUUCUGGGCGUUCUAGAACUCCUGAACCGCUGCAUCAAUCUGCUGCUUACGUAGCUGUCACUUCCCCUGUGGAGAAACUGCUUUCAAUUCGCACCCAUCACAUAAUUUCUUAACACAUGUUGUCCUCAACACUGCUUAGUCUCUACAUUGCACCUUAACCUUGUUGAAGCAGUUCCUGAAAUUUGUAGUGAUAUUUCUGUAGCAAAAUUGAAGUGUGUUUAUCGAAUAUAUAUAUAUAUUCCAAGAGAGAGAGCAAGAUUAACUUAUCUCAGAAAUGCUAUGAAUUAAAAAUGUGUUUCUCUAAUUCUAAUUUUAUAACUUACAAAAUGUUAUUGCUGAUGAUAUAGAAGGAGAAGAAUGAAAUAUUUGAUGUAGUGAAUUGCAGCUUUUUAAAUUUUUAAAUUCUGCUUGAAUUAUUGAAGGUUCUUGCAUUCAUUGAAACAUUCCUUUUGCUGUGCAGAUAAAACUCUUAAUUGUUAAAGGAAGUUUUCAACACAUUGCACAAGGUGUGAAUUUGGCCUAUCUCAGUUGCAGUUGUGACGGGUAAAAAUUUAUGCUUUGGAGGAAACUACAGCUUCAAGCUACAUUACAAGCCUGUUUAGUCGCUAGUUACCAAGGAUAUUCUAUUUUUACUGUGGGAUAUUGAAAAGUUACGGCCACAAUCACAAAAUGAGUUUUCAAGACUCAUUAUGUUGAAAGUUAAUUUUUUGUAUUUGCUAAGCGAAUCCAAGCACAUUGAAGUCUGUCCAUAAGCUAUUUUGCCAUAGCACAUGAAAUGCCAAGUAGCAACAAAGGAAAAUUAACUCUUUAAUGCUUCUUUAUGAGACAAUGUAAUAGAAAAGAAAGCUACCUCUAGGAUCCUAACUCACCCAUGUUGUAUGCCUCAAGUGUUUGUAGCUCAGCUUCUAUCACUAUGUCAAGUAUUCUGAUCCUUCCUACAUUUUGCACAAGUAUAAAUUUACGUAUGUGUGCAGACUGAAAUUCCUGAAAACAUCAGACCUCACCAGAAAUGACUUAAUCCCACCUGUGACUUAUUUUUCUGCUCGCCCAGUGUGUAUUUACAGCAUGUUCCGAGUCUUGUUUCCCUAGUCAACUAAUCUUCGGCAUAUGUAAACUUGAAUUAUUAACGUUUUUGGUUUAGAUCCUCGUAUUACUGUGUGUUGUGUGUGUGUGUGUGUGUGUGUGUGUGUGUGUGUGUGUGUGUGUGUGUGUGUGUGUGUGUGUGUGUGUGUGUGUGUGUGUGUGUGUGUGUGUGUGUGUGUGUGUGUGUGUGUGUGUGUGUGUGUGUGUGUGUGUGUGUGUGGAAUGUCUAUUUCUUUAAUCGUCUUUCAAGGCUUUAUACUUGGGAUCAAUUGUAUUGAUUUUUCUCACCAAUUUCAAAUGCAUGUGGGGUUGUUUUAUUUUGUUUUAUUUGACCAGGCAUGGAGUUAAUACUCUGCAUGGGUUCUGACUAAAACCUUGUAUAAGCUCCAGACCUUAACUGUUUCUAGGUUUAAGUUUAUUUUUGGUUUACUCGUCACAUUUCCUUGAGAUGGAAUCUGACUUUCAACAGUGUGUGCUCAUGUAGUUCUGUUUGUUAUUUAAUUAAAUUGUGCAUUUUAUUGGUAUUACCUUUUGGUGACCAUUUUUCCAAUUGUAAUAUUUUUUUUUUGUGUAGUUAUAUAUCAUCCUGCCUUUUGGACAAAUGAGGUCCUGGAUCAAUCUGCUUGUUUCCAUUUAAUCUUUCAGUCAUGUUGACCCUUUCUCUGUCCUUGAAUAGUGUGGGGUUGGGAGCGAGUUUCACUGAUGUCUAUUGCCUAGAGCUUUAAAUGAUUAACUUGCCAGAUGUUGUAAAAUGUUUUAGAGUCUAAGAUUCUGCUGUUUUACUUUUCAGCGCAUCUCACUGUGCUCCCUAUCAUUAAUUUAUUGCUUUGCUUAAGGAAUCUAUAUAUAUUCUGGCAAUCUUAAUCCCCUGUCACUUGGGACCAAAUACUGCCUCCCUUUCUCACAAUAUUGUCCAUAGCACCAUCAUAAAAUAUACAUGCCUUUGACCGACGUUUCAACCUGACAGAGUGAUUUGUGCUCAACCUAUCCUUGAGGGUAAAUACAGAAGUGAACUUAGUAGGAAUCAAUAGGGCUGACAAUGAAAUUGAAGGAUUAGUGUGGUCCAGACAGAGAACCUGCAAAUACGUAAUCUGGGAGGUGAGGUAUUGAUCUCAUAAAUGUGUGCCUUUAAAAAGAAAUAAAGGAACCAUUUGUGUUGUUUCACUGGUCUAAACAAUCUUGUUUGUUGACUGGGGUAACCAAUAACAUUUUCUUUUAAUUAUCAAGUCUGUAACUUCCAAUUUUUCUUUGCAAAGUCUUUAACUGUAGUGUUCCAUUUGUAGAUUUAGAUUUAAAUUCAACUCUGCUGGCUGCAGUAACGAUACAGACCUGCAAUUAGUAUUGCACACAUGAGCUGCAAAAUACUAAUAUCCAAGCCCCUGAAAGAGAAAAGCAGUGAUCAUUGAGAUAUUGGAAGAUGCCUGUACAGGCUUACCAGAGCAUAUUGCAAAGUGCUUGAAAGUGGCAUGCACCGAGGAAAAAACUUUUAAUUGAAAGAGGAGAGGGAAAGAUUGCUUUCAAUUCAUCUUGCACUUGUAUUGACAACUUUAAAUUGCUUCUGUGUAAUUUGUUGUGCUUUUGGUUUUAACUGCUUUGUCAAAAUCAGAGUUUUGGUGUAAAAUGCUACAAUAAAGUGAUUUUGUUUCAAAGGCUGCCCACAAAUUCCAAUUAAUCGAUUGGACCAUUGAAAAUACAGCUGCAGUUUCAAAUUCAGGAGUACCAGCUGUUCCUGAGCUUUAUCAUCUUUUGGCAUACUGAUUUAACAAAUCCCUGACAAGUUAGAGACUUCACAUGUGGCCUCGUGCUUGCAAUUGUCUCGCAGGAUAUUUGUUUAUAAUGGGAAGAAGGCAAGUAAAGUUAAAUAUUGAUCUAACCUUUCUCCCACCAUUGAUGGGAAGGUAGGAAUUUGAUGGUCAAUAAUAGUUCUGAUAGUUUUGUGCAAAGCUACCUAUUGCUUUGGUUGAAUAGUGUGGAUAGAUUAUCAAAUACAAAUGGCAAACUUAGAAAGGGUCGCCCUCGAGGGACAGACCCACAGUACUUGGCAAUUUCUUUAAACCAUACGAGAGUUUUUAAUGGCUCUCACUGACUUUCUUCCUAUUUGUGGGAUAUUGCUUGCUAGAGGAAAGCAAUGCAGUUGCUUUAGAGGGGUAAACGGAAGGAAUGUCACACUGCUCUUGAAGUAGACUUCAGUGAUGCUGAAUCGUUCAUCAUCUCACAGCAGUUGUGUUUUUAACAACUAAGGUUAAAGAAUCAAUGAAAAUGUUACUUCAGUCAUAACCACAACAAUUAAUGUUUUUAUUUGUAUUUUCCUCCAGUGUCUGUAUUUUUCAGCAGAUUAAUAGUGUUAAGAACAAGCAGUAUUUCACUUUGUUAAAAACAAUUCUUAUAACCAGUGAAGGAUUAACUAAGGGACAUAUUUGAGAAAGUUGGGAUGGGGGGAAGGAGCAAACCAAGAGAAGAUGGUCACACUGACAUUGAACGAGACAUUGAAUUGUUGGAGGUGAAAAGGGUGCGCGAGAUGCAAGAAUAAAAAAAGGCGCAAGGUAGUAGAAGAAUAAAGGGAGUGAUAGAAAUCGAUAGAUUUUGGUUUAGAUUGCUGAAAUAUUAAAGCAAAACCAAAAUGCUAAAGGAACUCAGCAGGCCAGGCAUUAAUGGAGGGAAAAGGACACAGCAUUUCAGGUUGGGACCUUACUUUAGACUGAACAUAUUUGAGUUAGGCAGUGACAGGCAGCGAAUGGGAAAAAUUGUGAGUGAGCUUUGAAAAUGGUUUCAGACAUUGGCUACUCGUUCUGAUUUUUAAUAUUUAUUUGCUGUACUGAUGCUUGGCAAAACAUCUUGUCUUGUGAAAUCGCAAUGUGUCGUUACACAUUUAAAGGUAUCCUUUAAACAUUUGUUUAAUCAGCUGUUAAAAAUGCUUUUAGAAAUCCAGUCAGCUGCAGUAGGGUGAAUUAUAAACAUUGCGCUGUUACUGAUUGUGCUGUGUUUCCGUGGAAUGUAAUGAUAUGUAAUUAAAUAAAUGUGAUUGCCUUA